CUGGGCAGGGAACAUGGACUUCGCCCGCCUGUGGCUAGGGUUGCUGCUGCCUUCGGUAGCUGCGCUGGAUUUCGGCUACCACCACCAGGAAGAGAUGGAAGCGUUUUUGAAGAAUGUGGCCCAAAACUACAGUUCUAUCACUCGCUUACACAGUAUUGGGAAGUCUGUGAAAGGCAGAAACCUAUGGGUUCUUGUCGUGGGGCGCUUCCCAAAGGAGCACAGAAUUGGGAUUCCAGAGUUCAAAUACGUGGCCAACAUGCACGGAGACGAGACUGUCGGGCGGGAGCUUCUUCUCCACUUAAUUGAACAUCUCGUAACCAAUGAUGGAAAAGACUUUGAAAUCACAAAUUUAAUCCACAGCACCCGGAUACACUUCCUGCCUUCAAUGAACCCAGAUGGAUUUGAAGCGGUCAUGAAGCCUGACUGUUUUUACAGUAAUGGAAGGGAAAAUAAUAACUACUAUGACCUGAAUAGAAAUUUCCCCGAUGCUUUUGAAUUUAAUAACGUGUCAAGGCAGCCUGAGACUGUGGCUGUCAUGGAGUGGCUGAAAACAGAGACGUUUGUCCUCUCUGCAAACCUCCACGGCGGCGCCCUGGUGGCCAGUUACCCAUUUGACAACAGUGUUCCAGCGACGGGGAUGUUACAUUCCCAUAGCUUAACCCCUGACGACGAUGUUUUUCAACACCUUGCACAUACCUACGCUUCAAGAAAUCCCACCAUGAAGAAAGGAGACCAGUGUAAAAACAAAAUGAACUUUCCUAACGGAAUCACAAAUGGCUACUCCUGGUAUCCACUCAAAGGUGGAAUGCAAGAUUACAACUACAUCUGGGCCCAGUGUUUUGAAAUUACGUUGGAGCUGUCAUGCUGUAAAUAUCCUCAUGAGGAGAAGCUUCCAUUCUUCUGGAAUAAAAACAAGGCCUCAUUGAUUGAGUAUAUAAAACAGGUUCACCUAGGUAUAAAGGGUCAAGUUUUUGAUCAGAAUGGAAAUCCAUUACCCAAUGUAAUUGUAGAAGUCCAAGACAGAAAACAUAUCUGCCCUUAUAGAACCAACAAAUUUGGAGAGUAUUAUCUUCUUCUCCUGCCUGGGUCCUAUGUAAUAAAUGUAAGUAUACAGCCCUCGUUUUGGUUAUUAAAACAUUUUAGAACUUGCAGUAGUUACCCAGAAGGAAUCCGAAAUAAGUGUGGAAAGUCCCAAAAGUAG